UUCUACGCUAGUUUAGUGUUUCGACUUCAUUCUUGAGAACCGAAUCUUAAUUGAUUCUUGUUGUACCUGAAACACGUAAACAAACAUUAAACUCUUAUAUUGGUAUAUAUUUGUAGAGUGUUUGUGUUUUAUAUACACUGUCAUACACAUGCUCUACUUUUGUUGCACUGAGUUUGAGAGUUUUGCAAUGUUGGAGUGUUUAACCGUAAUUGAAAUAUUUUUCAAUGUAAGUUAAGGGAAGUUUCUGAGUUGCCGCUCAUCGUACUUGGCAUGAUGCCUAGCUUGUUGAUCAACGCAGACCCAUUGCGAGACAUUGAUGUUAUCCGCGUUAAGGGUCCUACCUUGAAUUUAAACCCAAUCAAACUAAGAAAAGCUGGAGACUUGGUCAUUGGAGAAAAGACUUAUUCCAUCGGAAAUCCUGUUUGGGAGAGGGUUCAUGUGCUGUUGAAGUUGAAAGGCCCACUCUUUGUUGUAAAGAGAGUUAGAUGCCGGCGAGGUUCAGGUGGUGGCAUGGUAAGACUUGCACAAUACAGCCAUUGUCUCUCAGUGAUGCAGAGGAUGUUGUUAGAUUGCUGCAUCAACCAUUGUCUCUCGAUGAGUUUUGGCAUUGUUGGGUUCCAGGAAUUUGAAGUUUCAGAGGCGCAGGUUGUUAAAGAGUGUAUUGAGAGGGAAAAUGAUUCAAGAAGUACAUGCUCCACUGGUACCAACGAGGAAUCAUCAAGAUCUCAUGCGAUACUACAACUUGCCAUCAAGAAACACAGAAAAGUAAGGAAUCUAGAGGCAAUAAUGCUUGAGUUCUACUCCCUCCAUCCCAAAAAGUCUUUCCUGUUUCAUUUUUUGCGCAUCCCGUAAAACACUUCUACCGACAUCUAAAAUGCAUAAAAUUUACAACAUCUCUUCUUUAUUGUGGGUAGAAGUUAUUUUGAAAGUUUUUUUGGCAUUCAAGGCGGGAUAAAAGUGUUUUAUGAGAGGAAAGACUUUUUGGGACGGAGGGAGUUAUCUUUCUGUGUUUACCCUUUUCUUCCUCCACCUCUAAAAUUCUUAUAUAUGGACCUUUGCUCCAAUAUGUUGAAGUAUACAUUCUUGUUUGGUUUUGGGAUUGAGGAAGCAGAAAUUAACAAGAGUCUGUUGG